AUGUCACAUGCUGCAUCUGCUCCUCCAUCUGCGACUCCGCAGCGGGACAGAGGCAACCCACACAAGUUUAGGCGAGAUCUGGUCUCGGUUCUCCUUGCACAUCAAAAUUUCAUCUCCGCCAUUGCUUCUUAUGCCAUAUUCCAGCCUGUCGCCUAUUUACUUGCGACACCACGAGUGUUUUCUUCUUCCAAUCUCCUCCCCUCUAUGGCGCACCGAAUACUGGCUCAAGUGGUGAUUACCGGAUCGCGAGUACUGGGACGCGCAUUCGCAGAAGCUUAUAAGCAAGCGUCGGCCAGUCAAAAAUAUGCCUCAGCAGCUGCCAAAGACAAUCCGCAGGCCAUGAACAACCUCGCCUCCUCUGGCCUUACUCUCGACGAAGCGUGUAAGAUUCUCAACGUCAAACCUCCAAUGGCCGGCAAAACCAAUAUGGAAAGCGUAAUGGAGCGGUUCAAAAGACUCUACGAUCUCAACAACCCGGAAAAGGGUGGAAGCUUCUACCUACAGAGCAAGAUAUUACGAGCGCGAGAACGAAUAGAGAUGGAGGUGCGGGAAGCAGAACGCAAGGCGGCGAGGGACCAGGAAUUGAGAGAAGGUUGGAGACCCAAGGUCUAUCAAGAUCGAUGA